AUGUAUCGCAUCAACUCGAGCACGGGAACGACAUACGUCGUGGGAGCUCUCCUUGUUCUCUUCGUCCUCAAAUUCCUUUUCUUCUCUCCCGCCGUUCCCGGUGCUGGUGCUAUCCAUGCCGCCUCCAUAGCUGCUCAGAAAAGCGCAUCCAAAGCUGUCGAUCUGGAAACUUCCCCGGCUCAUAAUAUUCGCGACAAUUAUGACGCCUUCGCCGAGUACCGUUACCGAGAUGUGUGCAAGAUCUCGUCGCUCGAGCUUCACAAGCCCUUCGAACCUCUAUGCCCCGAUAAGCAGUCUCUCAUUACUGCCAUGUCUAGCGGUGGUCGCAUUGGAAUUGAUGCGCCUUACAUGCCCCGUGAUUGUGAUAUGCGUUGGUUCACCACCGAGGAGUCCUGCGCUAUUCUCGAGAGGUUCGAUCGUGUUUCCAUCGUCGGUGAUUCCAUGAUGCGCCAGAUGCUCGGCGGUCUUUAUGUUCUUUUGCGUAAAGAUCUCGGCUACGGAGGAGUCACGCAAUGGAACUUCAACGAUCAGGAAAAGGCCGAGUGCUUUUGCAAUGCCCAGGUUAACGUCAAGUCCUGUUCUCUCCAAACCAUCUACGCCACCAGAGACAUCCUCAAGUGGGAUCCCAACUCUUUCGCCUGUGAUCCCAACAAGGUCAAUGUUUUUAUCAAUCUUCAGGUUCGCUAUCCCCAACCUGACGAUGAGCUUGAGCGUUACGGAAGCGAUCUAGUCGGUGUUCCCGAAGGCGAGAAGGUUGCGUUCAUAUACGGUCAUGGUCUGUGGAAUGAUCUUGACGUUCAGGCGACUCUCAACUACCUCGAUCGUGCCGAAUCGGUGGUGAAGCAGAAACUGCCUGACUAUGAGAAAGAUGUCAAGCGAUUCCCCCGUCUAUUCAUCACCCCCAAUGCUGCUGGUCCGAAGAAGGCCGAUGCGUUCAUUCUAACCCAAGGAAACAAGCCUCUCAUGCUCUUUGAGACUUCGAUGUACGACGUUCUUCCUGAUAGAGGCUACGACGUUCUCGGUACAUGGAACAUGUCUAUUCAGUCAGUGUCCUUGGAUGGUGUGCAUUGUGAUAUCAAAGGAAACCUUAUCAAGGCCAUGAUGCUUCUAAACUGGCUGGACAAGGUCAGUCUAGAGUAA